AAAAUUUACUCAUCCAUGUCGUCGUCCAGCUACAAGAUCGCGCUGGCUCUCUCUCUCAUGGCGGCGCCGCUGCUGUGCGCGCUCGCCGCCGGCGGUGACCAGCACCGGCCCGUGCUGACCCGCCUCGCCAAGGACCCCUCCACGUCCCUCUACACCGCCUCCGUCGGGAACGGCGGUCCCGGUCCGCAGCUCGUCCUCGACCUCGCCGGCUCGCUUGUGUGGACAACGUGCAUGCCGCCGUACCGGCUGAUCCCGUGCGGCGGGAGCGUGUGCGCCGUCGCGAGCCGGAGCCGCCGCCCCAACUGCGAGUACACGCCCGGCGACAACAACGGCCACGGCGGGCACUGCGCCUGCUCCACCACCGCGUACAACCCGGCGAACGGGCAGUGCGGGUACGGCGAGCUCACCACGGUGCAGCUCUCGGCGAACGCCACCGACGGCAGGAGCCCGCUGUUCCAGGUGUCGCUCUCCGCCGUCGCGUCGUGCGCGCCGCCGUCGGUAAUGGGGUCGCUCCCCUCCGGUGCGGCCGGCGUCGCCGGCCUGUCCCGGGCGCCCCUGUCGCUGCCGCUGCAGGUCGCUGGGAGGAUGAAGGUGGAGAAGAAGUUCGCGCUGUGCCUGCCCGCCGCCGGCGAAGACGGCGCGGCCAUCUUCGGCGGCGGCCCAUUCUGGCUCCAAGCCGCGCCACCCCAGCAGGUCAGCGACCGUCUCCGGUACACCGCCUUGCUCAAGAACCCCAAGAACACCGCCUACUACAUCGGCGUCACCGGCGUCGCCGUCAACAACGUCCAAGUCCCCCUCCCCCCGGGCGCCCUGUCGCUCAGCGCCCGCCAGGGCACCGGCGGCGUGGCGCUGAGCACGGCGACGCCAUACACAGCGCUGCGCUCCGACAUCUACCGCCCGGUGCGCGACGCCUUCGCCGAGGCCACGUCCGGCUUCGCGCGCGCGCCGGCGACGAAGCCGUUCGACCUGUGCUACCAGAAGUCGGCGCUGCCGUCGACGCGCAUCGGCCUCUACACGGCGAGCAUCGACCUGACGCUGGCGGGCGGCCAGAACUGGACGAUCGUCGGCUCCAGCGCCGUGGUGGAGGUGAGCCAGGAUGCGGCGUGCCUCGCCUUCGUCGACAUGGGGACCACGGCCACGCCGGCGGUGGACCACUCGCCGGCGGUGAUCAUCGGGGGCCAUCAGAUGGAGGACAACCUGGUGGUGUUCGACCUGGAGAAGUGGCAGUUCGGGUACAGCGGCUUGCUGCUCGGCACCAUGACCAGGUGUGGCAACUUCGACUUCAGCAUGGGCAGCCAUUGA